CAGGCACCUAUGGUUUUGGAUGUUGUGUUUAGACCAGAGCUAUACAAAACUUCUUCUGCACGAUUUCUGUACAAAGACAUGGCCGUGCCCAUCGUGCUGCACUUGCUGCUGCUGUGGCAGGCCCACGCGCAGACUGCGGCUAAUCAGAAUAAUCAAAACUUCCAGCCGCCGGGCUUCCAGAAUCGCUACUACCAGGCGAGUGGAUACCAGGGCUCGCGUGUCUUAGAGCACAACCAGACGAACCCGCCUCGCUUCAACCAGUAUGUGGAGGUGCUUUGGCCCGCCCAGACUGUGGUGGACGAGACCGGGCAGAUCUGGAUAGUGGACGCCCGAUACCAUCAGGUGCUCCUCAUGAAGACGACCAGCCGCUAUGUGAGCUGGCCGGCCUUCUACACGGAGUAUGCGGGUACCCGCGGCCUCUCCGGCUAUGUGGAUGGAAGUCGCCUCAAGGCUCGCUUCAACGCGCCCUCCGGCUUGGUCAUUAGCACCGACCCUCGCCGGCCUCGGCGGAUCUACAUCGCCGACAGUGGCAAUCACUGCAUCCGCGUCGUGGCCUACGAGUCGGGGCGCAUUGCUACGGUGGCAGGCUCGCCGGUCACCAAGGGCUGGCGCGAUGGGCCCGGGCAAGAGGCCAAGUUCGAGCAGCCCAGCAGCCUGGGCAUGGACCCUGAAGGCCUACAUCUCUUUGUCCUGGACAACUUCCGAAGGAUCAGAUAUAUCCAACUCUACUUGAAGAAGAAGACCGUCUCCACCUUAGUGGGAGGCGCCUGCCGCGCAGUGGCACGUUGGACUGUUUAUGAGUCGAUCGUGCAACGGCGCGUGGGUUGCCAUCCCGACUGGUCUGCCACCCUGGCGGGGGAGCAGGUGGACGUCUAUGUCUCAGGCGAAGGGAUCUUCAAGUGCACUGGCCAUCAGGCCACCUGUGCGCCGCGGAACCACCCGGCCCUCGCGGAUCGGGUCUCCACCCAGUUGCUGUCCAAGGCCUAUGCUCAGAGCCUGUUGGAAGGGAUUCCACCGGAGGAUCCCUACGACAUGCCCUUGGUCUUGCCACCUGCAAGCCAAUGAGCACCGGGGCGCGAGGCCACCGUGUGAGUCCAGCGAGGGCACGGUGAGGCGUGUUGCGAGGCGAAAGCCGCUGCCGGUCCUUGAAGGAUCAGGCGAGAGAUCAAUGAGGGGCGCGAGCGCGGGGGUUGAGAACUUGCAGAGACCAUCGGCG